ACCAGUCUUUUGUGAAAGAGUAAUGCAUGUUACGAAUUUUUUGGGGCUAUAAAACCAAAUAGUGAAGAUAUUGUAUUAAGAAAUAUCGACAAAGUGUAAUUCAACAAUAGAAGGUGUACAAAUUAAAACAUGCUAAUGGAUUUGACGGAUGAACUGGAUCAGAGCGACAGUGGUAUGGAGUCUUUGACGGCAAGCAAAGACGAUACCCCGGAACGUAGGCCCGAGGAAUAUUUCAUAACCCCGUCGCUCGGGUCGUCGCCGAGUGCUGGGACACCAGUUGGAGGUGGCGGAGGCGGUGGUAUUGGUGGCGUUGGCGGCGUUGGCGGCGUUGAUGGAAUCGGCGGCGGCGGGGGCGUCGGAGGCGUUGGAGGAGCUGGCGGCAUUGGAGGGGCUGGAGGCCAUGGAGGCACAGGCGGCUAUGGAGGAACCGGAGGCCAUGGGGGAACUGGAGGCCAUGGGGGAACUGGAGGCCACGGGGGAACUGGAGGCCACGGCGGAACUGGAAGCCAUGGUGGAGCUGGAAGCCAUGGUGGAACUGGAGGCCAUGGUGGAGCCAGAGCCUCUGUUGGAGGAGCUGGUGGCGUUAUGGGAGUUGGAGGCAUGGGAGGAGCGGGAGGCCAUGGGGGAAUUGGUAGCCACGGAGGUGUGGGCAUAGGAGGAACGGGAGGGGCAGGAUCUGUAGCUAUAGGUUCAUUGAAAGAAUAUGAUGAUGAACCUGAUGAGACCUUAUCAGAGAGGUUAUGGGGGCUGACAGAGAUGUUCCCUGAGUGUGUUCGAAGCUGCACUUAUUCAGUCACUACAAAUACAUUGUCAGGAGUUAAAUCUUUGUAUGGACUAUCUCGCUCGGUAAUGUGGGUGGUGGCAAGUUCAUCUGUCAUCCUAUUUGCACCAGUUAUAUUUGAAGUAGAAAGAGCUCAGAUGGCUGAGAUGGAAAAGUCACAACAGAAGCAGGUGUUGCUAGGAACUAACACAGCCAUGUCAGGACCUAUGCCGAAUAUGCCACCAAUGCCACGAUAAAUCAAUUAACAGACUUGAACACAUCCAUUGUAACCUGUAUAACAUUUUCAUUAUAUAUAAAGGAAAUAUUCAAAUAUCACCCUGAAUGCUUUAAUGUUAGUGUAUUAGUUAAAAUAAAUAGGUACCUUAUUAAACACGGUUUGAAAUAUUUUGUAUUGGGGAUCUUAAUGACUCGUAAUACUAGGCUGUACAUAAAUACCUAGAUGCAAAUUCCCAAAUGCAUUUAAGAAUACAAUGGUAAAAAAAAUUGUCAACAAAAUAAUCAAAUUACUGUUUAAAAAUACUAUUAUAAAUGUAUCGAAAGUAAGUUGCAUUUUCUCUUAAACAAUUGUAUUGAUUUCCACUCCUCUAAAGGUUGCAGGUAUGAUAGUCAAAUGGGUCUAAUUUUGUAAUUAAUUGAUUGGUUAGUGAGAUAGUUAUUUGACUUGUGAAAAACAUUUUAUAGGUGAUGCUUUGUUAUUAGAAUAAAUGUACUGUUGAAA